AUGUAUUUGGGAAUAUCGUUAUUUUUGUUGGUAUUCUUUUACUCCAUACCCAUGCCAACCAUAGCUGUGGAGAAAUUUGAUGAAAUUCUGCAAUAUGAAACUCAAACGACGAGGAGGACAACAUUUGAUCCACGAAAAGUGGCAGAAUUAAUAAAUUCCAUUGCGGAAUUUUGGAAUAUGACUUCGAUGUACAUAAUUUAUAAUUCGAAGAUGCCACAGAAUAAUUUACUGCUCGAAGUUUUGAAUGAUUUACAAACAAAAGAUAACUAUUUGGAAAAAUUACCUCGAAUGGUGUUACGAGGAGAGGAUGUUGAGAUUCCUUUGUAUAAAAUCAUCGACGUAAACCGGAAUGCCCUGAUCUUAACUUUAAUGAAUAGUGCCUAUGAUCCAGUCUUGGAGGCCACAGCAAAAGCACUGCGCAAACGAAAAGUUUGCUUCACAAUUUAUCUGAUACACAGCUUCAGCUAUCCCGAAGAUCAUCGCUUUUUGUUUGAGAAGUUGUGGAAAUAUCAGCUAAGACGUCCUUUGGUCAUUGCCAAUGGCAAAGAUCUACUGAACAUGGAUCCAUAUCCGCUAUUGAAAAUUGUAAAUGUUACCAGGGAACCCAUGUUGAAAUGGUUUCCCACAGUCGAUGGUAUCAAUGAUUUUAUGGGUUAUACCUUGAACAUGCCCGUCCAAAACGAGAUACCUGGCACAUACUUUUAUUGGGAUGAGAAAACGCAGAAAUAUAAAGCAGAUGGUUUGGCUGUUUGGUUUAUCGACGAGUUAAUGACACGCCUGAAUAUUACCCUGGUGGCGAAUCCUUUGAAGAUCAACAAUUGUUAUGCCUUCAAUUAUCGUGGAAUCUUUGACAAGUUGCGCGGGGGCGACAUUGAACUAAGUCCCCAUCUAAUGCUGACCAUUGGUCUUGAAGAAGAUUUAGAUUUUAGUUAUCCCUUCAAAACUGAUUCACGCUGUAUUAUGCGACCUCGUCCGAAGAAGUUCAUCCUUAACUUUGUGAGUUUAAUCGAUUGGAAGCUGGUGGUAUUUGUAACUGCUUUUAUAGUCAUUUACGAAAUUCUAUGGAAGCUCUACCCGCUUUAUUGUGCUGUGGUAAAAAGUAAUUAUAACUGGAUGCACCUACCACCAUUCUACAUGCUCUGGCUGUUUCUGGGUACACCAAUACCAAAUUCCAAAUCAUUGCCGGCGGUAGGGCAGUUACGUCCAAUGACAUAUUUGCGUCUUUUCAUUGUCUCCUUUGUGAUAGCUUUCAAUAGCAAUUAUAUUUCCCAGAUAUUUUCAACUAAUUUGACAUCAUUUCUUACCGCCAAUUAUAUCAAGGGCAGUGCCAGUCAUUUGAGUGAUAUAUUCUCUGCAAAUGUGCCGAUCAUAAUGAGGUCCUUUGAUGCCCGCUCCUUUGCAAGAUAUCACAAUGUGGAAAAGGUUGAUUUGAAAAAUUUCAUCAACCUCUCCUACGAAGAUGUGCUUAAGUAUCGUAACCAAUUAAAUACUUCAUAUAUGCAUCUGCUUUCGACCGAAAAAUAUCAGCUGAUCGAUGAACAACAACGUUAUUUAAAUCCAAAACUUUUUCGAUUAUCGAAAAUUUGUCAUGGUCCCUAUCCAAUGCAAUUUCAAUUUCGUGCCGACAGCCAUCUGCUCGAUGUGUUUCAUUUAUUCACACUGAGGGUGAACGAGGGAGGUCUUUACGAAUAUCAGAAGGGACAAUUGUUUUAUCGCAUCAAAAGUCGUGGCCAACUCGAUUAUAUACGAGAAUCGAAUCCUCAGAGACCGGAAAUUGCUUUUACAACAUUGACGGCAAUGUUUUAUGUGGGAAUUGUGGGAUAUACCAGCAGCAUCAUUGUAUUUGUGUUUGAGUUGUAUGGAGAAGGUUUAAUGAGGGUUUUUAAGGGGAAAACAGUUUUGAAAUUUAUACGAAAUUGA